ACUACCACAUGUCAUCUACAUCUAUGUUAUCUAGAUCCCAGCCUCUGAUCUCAUCCCAAAGGUAUACAAGAUUUUGGAGGUAGGUUAGGGUUAGUAUAGCUUUGCAUAGGAAGCAGUCGACAUCAUGGCCGAGGCGCCAAGGAGAACCGAGAAUGAACUGCAGAAGAGCAUUCUUACUGAGAUCAAAGAAUUUGCUGAUGGAAUCGGGCCUGAGGAGCUAAUGCAAAGAUGCGAGAUCGUGAAAGAGGAUCUGUUGCGCAAUGUAAAUCUUCUGCUGAAAAUGCAGAAGAUCAAAAUGCUAAAGCAAGGUGGCAAGCCACUAUUUAAAAUAGUUGACCCAGGGGACCGCACGGUUGGAAUGUCUCAGAAAGAAUUGCUGGUCCAUCAGUUGAUUGAAGAUGCUGGUUCGUUAGGCAUUUGGCAAAGGGAGUUGCGUAUCCAAGUGAGCAAAGACAUUGUGUCCACGGAGCUGACGAAAAUCAUGAAGAACUUCAUGAACAGAGGGAUUGCCAAAGAAGUCAAGUCAGUCAUGGAGCCGAAGAAGAAACUGUACAUGUUAUCAUAUAUCACACCCGACCGGUCACUGACAGGUGGUGUGUGGUACAACGAAGCAGACUUCGAUAAAGAAUUCGUCAACGCCAUGAGCCUUGUGUGCGCAGACUACUGCAUUGCCAGGGGGCGAGAAGCAAAGUUGAACCAUCCACACGAUUUCUUGGAGAGAGUGAAAGCCAGUUGCGUUUCCGAAGCUGAGCUGCUCGAGCACAUUGUGAAGUGUAAAGUCUCACAAGUAACGCUCCAAGUGAAAGAUGUCGAAUGCCUCAUGCAAGCCUUGGUGUUCGAUGGCAAAGUGCAGAUACUGAUGGCUGGCGGUGCAGUCACCCCUGUAAAAGACCGCCAAGGAAGGGCAAUCUCGGCAGGCAUGAAGAUAUAUCGAGCAGUGGAAACCCAUCUCCCAGCCAAUGGGUUGACCCAAUCGCCAUGUGGUGUUUGUCCUGUGUUCAAAUUCUGCAACGUGGGAGCUCCCAUCUCCCCCGAAUCAUGCACAUACCUGCGAGAUUGGCUGGAUUAGCUGCUGCUGAUCAUAAUUUAGAUUGUAUAUAACACAUUUUAGAAAUAAGGUAUACCACAGAAAGCGACAGAUGUCUUUGUAGUCUAAAACCAAUAUCGAUUGGAUCGGCGAGCUUCAACUUAUUCGUGAAUCUUCCCAACAGAGCACACAACUUGUAUGGAGGCCUUCCGCAUUGUGAGCAUUUAACAGGUUCAUCCUGUCAUGCGAGAUGCUUCAGUUCAAGUGCUGCCAAAACCCCUUCCACAUUGAUCGUAUUACAAAUGCGACCCGUCUCAGCAGAUAAAAGAAACCACUAUUAAACUAAACGCAC